UGACAGCAGGGCAGCAUGAGACACUUCUCUUCUCGGAUCAUGCAAGCAUGGAAAUAUUUGAAGGAAAAGUCGUUUUGACAGCUCACACAAAGCAAAGAGGUAUGUGGAGGACCCUAACCCUCUCGCUGAUAGUUGCACUAGCACUGGGCACACAGGUGUCCAAGGCGGAGGAUGUGGGGUCCCCGGUGGAUGUUGAGAAUUCGGCGAAGGAUCAGCAAGACAAUUUCAGCGACAUAUCCGCCAUAGUAGGAAAGUCCCGACACCAGAUCCUGGCCGCUCAGUAUGAGUGCUACCUGAAGAUCAUCCAUGAUCCACCACGUACAGAUGAUGGUACUUUCUGUAACCGUACGUGGGACGGCUGGCUGUGCUGGGGGGAUACAGCUCCAGGGACUGUCAUACAGAUGUGUCCUGAAUAUUUUCACGACUUUGACCCUGCUGAGAAAGUUACUAAAGUCUGUAAUUCUGAUGGCCAGUGGUUCCACCACCCAGAGAGCAACAGAGUCUGGAGCAAUUACACCCAGUGUCAGAUCUACACCAAAGACAAACGCAAGUUUACCAUCAGUCUCUACUGCCUAGCCAUGGUGGGUCAUGCGCUGUCUAUUGUCUCCCUUAUCAUCUCUCUGAUCAUCUUCUCCUACUUGAAGAGUCUUAGCUGCCAGAGAAUCUCCCUCCACAAGAACAUGUUUCUCUCUUUCAUCUUGCACUCCAUUGUCACCAUAAUGUGGCUCUCGAACAAUGUGGCCAAUGACCAGGCCAUAAAUGCCAGCAACCCUGUGAGCUGUAAGAUCUUGGCUGUACUGACCCAGUAUACUACUACUUCCAACUACUUCUGGAUGUUGUGUGAAGGCAUCUACCUCCACACACUCAUCAUAGUGGCCGUCUUCGUAGGCCAGCAGACGCUCUUCUGGUACUACAUCCUGGGAUGGGGCUUUCCCAUCAUUCCUGCCGCAACGUACGCUGUGGCUCGUGGGCUCUUCUUUAAUGACAGGUGUUGGAUCAGUUCCAACACUCACCUGCUCUACAUCAUUCACGCGCCCAUUCAAGCUGCACUGCUUGUGAACUUCUUCUUUCUCCUGAACAUUGUCCGGGUUCUGAUCACCAAGCUGAAGGAAACCCACUGCGCUGAGUCCACCGCCUACAUGAAAGCAGUGAGAGCCACCCUCAUCCUCAUCCCUCUGCUGGGAGUUCAGUUCAUCCUUCUCCCCACGGCGCCGGAGGGACGCAUCAGCCGGGCCGUCUAUGAGUUCUUUGUAAAUAUCUUCAGCCACUUUCAGGGACUCCUGGUGGCAAUUAUAUUCUGUUUCUGCAAUGCUGAGGCUCAAACAGGAUUGAAGAGGAAAUGGGCUCAGUGGAAGUCUGCCUGGGGUAAGACCGGCUGGGGAGAAACGCCCAUCACCAACAAUCACUUUAACUACCACACCAACUCCUCCAUCACGGAAACCAGCCGCGCCACCAUCAGUUUGGAGCAACCUUGCGCGCCUUUUGAACAAGAGGAUAAGAGCCACUUCAUGUCCAGGGAGCAGCAGGAAGCCAACGGGCAGCAAAAGAACAGCAAGACCUGCAGCAACGGAGAGGUGGAUGUGCUGAACAACCUGGAGACCACUUACAUCUGAAAGCAGUGAGGCGAUGCUUGCGGUGCCGAACGUGCACACUCACUUACACGUAGACACAAAGAGAUUACAGGUGAAUUCAAAAUAAAGUUUCACUGAUAGAAAAGUGUAUAAAAUAUCUGAAGAGCACUUAAAACGCUUAUGAUGUUCACACACAUUUUACAGCAACAGCUUUACUUUAUGGACUCAUAUGAACCGAUGAGCGCAAUAUCAUUUAUACCAUAGUGUCAUUCUGUAAUCCUAGUAUAUUAAUGGAUUUUGUGCUCUAUUGCUGUAAUUAAGUCCACUUACAUAUUUUGGUUGUUUGUUUGUUUUCCUAGCUUUUAGCAUCUAUUUUUUUAAGUAUGGAGAGAGGUGUAUAUCUCAAACCUGCCAUUUUGAUAUUACAGAGGCAGAGAUUUGUGUUUGCGUAAUCUGCCUAAACUUCUGAAUGCUUUACCUGUGCACCACUGUGACCAAUGAAUGUCAUAGCCUACUGAUGUGAUCACAAGUCUACUUCUACAUGCUUUUAUCUGAGAAUGAUGAUACAGUCAUCAAUGGCCUGCAGAAAGCCAGCAUCCCCAUUUAAGCUGUUUUUCUGACAAUGAAAACCACAAUGAGAGAAUCAUGGAGUGAAACACAGAAAACGUGAUAUUAUAGUGGUUCCCAAUUCAUUUCACAUUUGCUGAUGACAUGUAAUAGAAAUAGGAUUUAGUCUCAGUUAAAGGAAAGGAAUGAUUUUGUACUUAUCUGCCCUAUAAAGGCAAAGUAACGGGGUCAAAACAAGGGAAGACUAGAACAGGACUUUUUUAAACUCACAAACUGAGCAAACAAUCUAAGCUUCAAAACAAAACACUGCACUCUGUGUGUGUGUCACACACAUUGACUGUAUAUAAGAACACAUAGCUAACUCUCUCAAACAUGAACAGUUAAGCAAGUGAGCUAACUAUAUCAAGGCAAUGCUAGCUUGUGAGCUAGCCAUGGCUAACUAAAGCUGAAAGUAGAUUCACUUAAUAUUUUUCCAAGCUGUUAUUGGUAAUUAAAAACUAUCAAUAUGUUGACAUUAUCUGGUAAUAUAGUAUUCCAUAUAACUAAAUGAGGCAGCAGCUGAAUCCAAUCCAAAAAACUGAAACCUAGCUAAAGUCCUACUAUGGCUAACUAGCUUAGCAGAGUAGCAGUGGCUGUGUAUAUCCCUUAUAUAUACAGUCUAUGGUAAAUCCAUUCAAUUAAGUGAGGUUAGGUUGCCUUUAAAAUACAUGUUUAAAUGUAGUAAACUGUGAAUUGGUUUCAGUAUAAAUAUAUAGAUGGACAGACAUAUGCCUGUUAACAUACAUGUAUUGUCUUAGAAUGGCCCUACAUAAUUCAAAUAAAGUUUAUUUUCUCAAAGUGGAUAACAACAGGGAAAGAAUACAUUUGAUAUAUAUACAAAGGUUACUUCCUUUCCCUGUUGAAAUCGUGAGGAUUAUUCAAAAGAAUAGGUUUCAUAUUGGUUGUAUGAUUUCUAAGCCUAAACUGACCCAAUGUUGUGUGUUUGCCUUUAUAGGGCAGUAAUGUUAAAAACAGAAUUCAUAUUUCAAUUUUGUUUGGUUAAAACUCAUUUUCAAAUGUUAGGACAUUGGAACAAAAGAAAGACUUUAUCCCCACAUUAUGACUAUAAAUACAUGGUUUAUGGUUUAGUUUUAUGGUCACCAUAUUUGCUGACACACAUGUAGUUAUUUAGUUUUAGUAAAGUAGGUUUGCUAUUAUGCCAAAUAAACAGACCUCAUGGAGCACUUAAGAAAGGGCUUCUGACUUUUAUGGUCCAUGAGAAUAGAUCAGUCAGAUGAGUAGUAGAUAAAAGAUAAAAAGUGGCAAUUUGUAUGUAAUAAUGACAUUUCUCCAUAAUGUAUAACAUCCUGGUUACAUGACAGCUAAACCUGCAUGUAAAGUAGACUGUGUCUACGUAUGAGCUUCGUCUAAUUCCAGCUGAUUUACUUCUUAGAAUAAAUCAUUGCUCAUUUUUUUCUUCUUCCGGUGCCAACAAGUCCCACCAUUCUUGCUAUUAUGACAUUAAUUUUAUUGCAAUAAGUCAUGAAAUCUUAACCUAAUAUAAAGCACUGAUACAUAAAAAACUGACAAUCAAAAAACAGGCAAGGGCCAUUCAGAAUUCCAUUGUGAAAAUGUUUCUGUGAUAAAUGCAGUAUAGGUAUUUAAACAAGACUGUGCCAAAUUAGUGUAUAAAUAGUUUGGAUCUUUUUUUCUAUCUCUUUCUAACUCAGCAUGGGAAGGAGACAGGUCUCAGAACUGGCAUGUCUUUAUUAUGAUAGUGUUCCUAAUGCUUCUUAAUAUUCUGUGUUAUUAUUAUUGUGGAUGUUAAAAUUCUAAAAUAUUAUGUCUAAUGGAUUGUGUUAUUGUUGCAAUAUGUUUUUUUUUUUUUCAAAUGCAUAAAUAUAAUUUACUGACGCUUAAUGGAGAAAUUAUUUGUAUUUUCCAUUGCUUAUGUAACACACUGUAUGCACACUGGCAUGCUACAGAGCCUGCACCUUUUCAAGUUUCCAUUGGAAUACUGAGCAAGUCUCCUGAGUGAAAGUGAGCUUGUAGCAAAUUUGUAUCCUUCAAGGGCGCAUCCACACACAACAUACUGCACUGGGAAUACAAGUGUGCCUGUGUGGAUACAGGGUACAUGAUGCAUGGGGAAUAAAACACAAAAGAGGUGAGAAAACACAGAGUAUGAGAAGGCUCUGUUAAAGAGCUGUGAAUCUCAACUGAUUGUACACAGGGACCCAACCCUGUACGUCUGUGGCAAUGCUGCCCAGUAGAGAAAACAGUUGUCACGGACAUAUUUGUAAAGAAAUCUGAGAAACAUUCCAAUAAAACAUCAAAUGUUCAAUUCAAGCAUAUUACUGUAUAUAUAUUUUUAAUAAUGACUGUCAUCUACGAGUGGAAAUAAAGCUGUUUGAACAUAAA